GAUCUAACUCAAAUUCCCGGGUACAAAAUUUUCAUGCAUCCGGUCAAGGAAAAAGAGUGGCCAAACUAUUAUUCACAGAUCAGCGAGCCGAUGGAUUUGUCCCAGAUCCGGAUGAAAAUUAACGAGAAUGCCUAUGCGACGCGUGAGGAGUUCCUCGCGGAUAUUCGACUGAUCUAUAACAACUCUUUACGGUUCAAUGGUCGAUAUAGUUCGUACACGGAGACCGCGAUGAAAAUGUGCUCCCACGUGAUGGAGGAAUUCUGUCACAAAGAGUUGAAACUAAUGCGUCUGGAGUCGUUGGUCAAUCCGCUCCUGGACGAAGACGACCUGGUCGGACUGAGUUUUCUUCUCCAACAGGCGAUUGAGGCGAUGCGAGCGGUCGAACACAGUCGCCCGUUCCACACGCCAGUCGAUAAACGCCGGUACCCGGACUAUUAUAAACAAAUUGUCAAUCCGAUGGAUUUGUCCACUUUGGAAAAAUUGGUCAAAGAGAACCGAUUUCGAUCCCGUGUGGAAUUUCUCACCCAGGUCGAUCUGAUCUUGUCCAAUUGUAUCCAAUUCAACGGACCUGAAAGUCCCUUGUCCGAGAUCGCAAAAAAUCUGGUUGAAGCGGCCCGAGCCCGACUGGAACAGGACGCGGAAAUGUUGGACACAAUUGAGGCCAACAUUCGAAGCAAUCAACCAGAUUCUGCUCCUGAUGCAGAAAUGCAACAGUCGGAAGCUGGACUGAGCUCGCAUGAGGAAUCUGUCACUCAGGAGUUGACUGGUUUCGAUCAGACAAGCUCGAAAAACAUGCCGUCUACUUCCGCUGACGGGACCCGCGGGACCGGUGUGAAUCUGUCAGAAUUGUCGGCAGCUGGGACGCAGAAAACAGGUCCUGUGAAGCGUCGUGCUUCGUGCACUACCGCUCCUACAAGACCGCAUAAAAUGGCCAAACUUAUGGAAUCCGAGGCUGAUCUUGCUGCGCUGGACUCUAAUUCACAACCAGCCACGUUUGACAAAGCGGAGCCUGAGAAUGCUAGUCGACCACCUCCCUGGGUUACGGAUGAAGAAAGCAUCACGGAAUCCGUGGAUCGUUUUGCGCGAAUCAGACAUGACGCGGAACCCUCAUGGUCCUCACAACCUCCCACACGUGACGGCACUCGAAUCAGCCGUGACGAUAGUAAUCACAGCCACAGUGCGCUAUCUCCAUCGUCUCUGCCUGCUGGAUCGCAUCGAACACGGGGACAUGUGCGUUCGGACGGUGAACGGGACGAAGAGGAUGCAGACGAGGAGGAGGAGGAGGACGAGGAGUUAGAAGAUCCCGAUGCACAUGAAGAUGCUCUGAUCGCACGUCUUGGGUCACAUUCGUUCUCUGAAGACAGUAUGACCGAUUUGCCUGGAUGGGAUUCCAAUCGAAUGCAGCAGGCGGAUGACUCUCCAGAUGCUUAUUCUACCCAUCGUCACGUGACCUAUAUCGAUGAAGAAACACGGUUCUCCAUGGGCGAAACAGCCGGUCAACCCCCCGCGGUGGCACUCACGGACGAAUUGGUCGCACAAGACUUGCAACUAACCGACUCGGACGAUGGGAGCAGUCUUUCCGGUCAGGGUGGAGAGUUGUGCGCGGAUAGUGAUAUGUCGUUCUUGACCUCGCGGCAUCGCAUUGAUCCGCACACAACUACCCGUUCGCAGUUUGCGCAACACACGGAUGAUGGAUCAUCGAACGCGGUUUGGAAUUUCUCCUCGCCGGGCACCGCAGGAAUGGAUGAAGAUCCAUCCGCACUGGAUGAUCAGGUAUCAGAAUCCCGUCGACCGGAUCCGGUAGCGUUCUUUAUCAGUGAAGGUGAAGAUGACAGUAGUGAUCGAUGA